GAGUGAUGCAAUCCACAGUCAAAUAGCCACUUCACUGAAGUAAGUGUCAGAGGACUGUACAAUUGUGUCUCAGCAGGAGUCAAACCUUCCAGUAGAACAAGGAAGAAAACCAGAGCAGAGAGAGUCGCUGCAGCUGGGUUAUACCUGCAUAGGGGUAAGAAUGAAGGCUGGUUCCAUUGCUGUGAAAUAGUGAAGUGCAAAUCGCAGUCUCUCAACCUCAGUUAACACAUAUCAGUACGCGUGUGAUGCUUGUCUCAAAUCGCUGGGAAAUUAAAAGCAUUAUUUCGUGGGUGGUUAAAAUAAAACCUUUACAGCAUCCAAAACCAAAGCGACAGAAAUACAAGACCUUGGAUCGGUUUGCAGUGCAGAAUCAUUUGCAUGGCAUCGUCUUGUUUCAUCUCUGCUCUAUCGCCGAAUAGAAAGGAUGUGGGCUUCACUGGCAAUGUGAACAUCCCUAAUUACCCUUUAGAAAGGUGAACCACCUAUUUGAAUACAACCGAAUGGUUUACUUGGCCAGGAGGGCAGUUAAGAGUCAACCACAUUGCUGUGGGUCUGGUCAAUUCUAGCGUGGAGUGAUGGCCGAAAAGCCGGCUGAUCCUGGUUGUGUGUCAAUCGCUUUAGAAGAUACUGUGUGCAAUGGAGGGUCCCAGGACGCACCUCUCCUCACCACACACCUCAAGAAGGUGGAAAACCAUAUCACAGAGGCACAGAGAUUCUCCCAUCUGCCCAAACGCCCAGCAGUGGACAUAGAGUUCAAUGACCUCUCCUAUUCUGUAAGCGAGGGAUCUUGCUGGAAAAAAAGAGGGUACAAGACUCUCUUAAAAUGCCUAUCCGGGAGAUUCUGCAGUCGAGAGCUAAUUGGGAUUAUGGGUCCUUCGGGUGCUGGGAAAUCAACCUUCAUGAACAUUCUGGCAGGAUACAGAAAAACGGGAAUGAAAGGCCAGAUCCUGGUGAAUGGGCAGCCUCGGGACCUGCGAACUUUCAGGAAGAUGUCCUGUUACAUCAUGCAAGAUGACAUGCUCCUCCCGCACCUCACCGUACUGGAAGCCAUGAUGGUUUCGGCCCACCUUAAGCUGAAGGAGAAAUUAGAAGUUAAGAAGGAGCUGGUAAAUGAAAUUCUGACUGCACUGGGCCUUCUCGACUGUUCCAACACCCAGACUCUCUCUCUGUCUGGUGGACAACGCAAGCGUCUAGCCAUUGCCCUGGAGCUUGUCAACAAUCCACCUGUUAUGUUCUUUGAUGAGCCAACCAGUGGCUUAGAUAGCGCCUCCUGUUUCCAGGUCGUAUCGUUGAUGAAGUCACUUGCUCAGGGCGGGAGAACCAUCAUCUGCACCAUCCACCAGCCCAGUGCAAAACUCUUCGAGAUGUUUGACAAGCUGUUCAUCUUGAGCCAAGGACAGUGCAUCUACAAAGGAAUCGUUCCCAGCCUCAUUCCCUACCUUAAAGGGCUGGGAUUGCAUUGUCCAACCUAUCACAACCCUGCUGACUUUAUUAUCGAAGUUGCCUCGGGUGAAUAUGGAGAUUUGAACCCUCUGCUGUUUAAGGCUGUUCAGGAUGGAAUGUGCACCAUGGCGGAAAAGAAGAACCCAUCCAAUGGGAAUGAUCCAUCAGCCUGGAAGACUCAGAGCCUGACGGACACAGGCCCCAUUGAGAGCCGCACUUUUGCAAUAAGCUCCUUCGUUCAGUUUUGUAUCCUCUUCAAAAGAACCUUUAUUUCCAUAUUGAGAGACACGGUUCUGACCCAUCUGCGCUUCAUGUCCCACAUCUGCAUUGGAGUCUUAAUAGGUCUGCUAUACCUGAACAUUGGUGAUGAGGCUGAGAAAGUAUUCAACAACACAGGAUGCCUCUUCUUCUCCAUGCUGUUCCUCAUGUUUGCUGCUCUAAUGCCAACUGUACUGACCUUUCCACUUGAGAUGUCUGUUUUUCUGAGGGAGCACCUCAACUACUGGUACAGUCUGAAGGCUUACUACUUGGCUAAAACUAUGGCGGAUGUUCCUUUUCAAGUGAUUUGCCCCAUUGUGUACUGCAGCAUUGUAUACUGGAUGACAUCACAGCCACCUGAAGCUUCACGGUUCCUCUUGUUCGCCAGCCUUGCCACAGCGACUGCAUUAGUGGCCCAGUCACUUGGACUCCUGAUUGGCGCUGCAUCCACGUCUUUACAGGUCGCCACAUUUGUGGGUCCAGUUACUGCGAUUCCAGUGCUCCUAUUCUCUGGAUUCUUUGUUAGUUUUGACACUAUCCCCACCUACCUACAGUGGAGCUCCUACGUCUCUUAUGUCAGGUAUGGAUUUGAGGGUGUCAUCUUGUCAAUAUAUGGACUGGACAGAAAAAAUCUGACAUGCAAUACUGAGUUUUGUCCUUUUAAGGAACCAACAAAAGUUCUGCAACAGUUGGAUGUGCAGGACGCGAAGCUUUAUAUGGAUUUCAUCGUCCUUGGUAUUUUUUUCAUUAUUUUGCGUCUCUUGGCCUACCUCGUCCUGCGAUACAAAGUCAAGUCUGAGAGAUAGAGAGGCAACUGCGUUGCAGGUGAAUGUUCUCAGCAUUCAGUCACAUUGUCUAUGAACAGGAUUCAUUGUGCUGAAAUUUUGUUAAGGAUGUGGCCUGUUAAUUGGGCCCGCAGUGAACUAGGCCUCAAAGCCUGAACAAUUAAGACUCCAAACAUCAUGAUGGCUUGUGAUGGGCCUUUUGGUUUUAUGAUUUUAUUUUUGCUGCUCCAGUUACUUUAAUGAACUUUGAUUCAUUCUCGCCCAUCUGGAAAACACUUUGACAGAGGAAACAACCUUUUGGAGCUGUACAAUGAAAUAAUUCUGUAUGAGCCUUUUGCACAGUGACAAUGCCCGAAUGUUUCACCUCCUGAGUAUGCGUUUGAAGAAACCCUGUUUGUGAAUUGUUAGCUAUACGCUACUCUUGAGGUAUAGGUUUUUUUUUUAAAAUGAAAUUUUGAUUUUUGAUCAGGAUUGUUAAUAAGCACAGUUUUUGUAGAGCAAUGUAUGCUUUAACUUCUCACCUGGAGCAUGUUAGCUUAUAGCACGUCUUGUCAAAUUAUAAUAAUUGUAAGUUUUAAAAAAAAACGAAGCAAAGCUUUACAAACCAGGCUUUAACUGUUAUAAUAGCAGGCGUUGUGGAAAGUCUGUAUUCGUUUCUGAAAUUUCAAAAGCAUAUUUAAAAACAAGUACCGUCUUGAAAAUGUUAAACAUUUAGAAUAGCUGUAGUAUAAUCAAUUUUUACAGAAUUUUGUAUUACUCUUAAUUUUAUUAUGUUUUGGUACCUGGAGAUUUCCUUCUUUCCUUUAUUUAAAGAAUAGAUCUGAAUUAUUCAAGUUUCCCUCCUCGCCCACACCACAGUUUAUUUGAUCGCACCUUCCACCUUCUAUUUGUUUUUGACCAUUCUGGUCCGUGACAGAACGCUUGCCCCAUUUGUGUAGCUGCAUUGAACAAAUGCACCAUUUUUUUAUAUCUACCACAGCGGAUAUCAUCCCAAACUGUACCAUUUCUUUAAAACCUAAAUGUUUCAAUAUUUUAUUAAAAACCUGCUAUUUCCGAGUUUUUGUUAAAAAUCACUUUUCACCUAACCUUUUAUCAGUGCUGUAUAUUACCUUUCACAUUGUGAUGUUGUGAUAACGUCCUCACCUGUCACAGCCUAUAUUCCUUAUGAGUGCAUUACAGAGACUUGUGAGAUACCCUUAGUAUCCAGUGAGUGGAAAUGAUUGGAGAAGUCGAGUGGGAUGUUGGUUUUUGAACCAGAUGAGAACAGGUUUUUCAUCCAGCUGUGUGGAACUUUCUAAAGCGUACCCCUCUAGCCAAAAGUCUUCAUUUUUUUCAGGUGCAGCUCUUUUUUUCAACAUACCUCUGUAUGUUAUGGUGCGUAAGUGUUAAUGAUGAGUUACUGAGGGUUUUUCCUCAAAUUUAAUCAUCACCAAAUGAGUUCAUGAACACUGGCCCUAAUGACACAUUCUUGUGUUACCAUCUGAGUUCGGGCUUAAAAAGAUGACAAACCUAUUAUUUUCAGUAUCCUAAUAAUAUGUAAACCAAAUGCAGGUCUUCAUGAUACACUCUUGUUUAUCCCAUCCAUUGAGUUAAGAGUUGCACUUAUAAAUGCUAAUUAGAAGAUGGAUUUCAUGGCGUCUGUCCUCCUUCUUUAGUCUCACUGUGACAGGAGUAAUAAUCAGUAUCUCGCUGUGACAUGUGGGUUCAGAAUAUUCCUACUUCGAACAUGUUCCAGUAAUUACAAUGUGACAUCUCCAUGAAGCAUGAAAACUCAUGACGAUGUUCUCACCUUGUAUUGUACAAAAUAACUUCUUUAGAAAUAUCAUUGUGAAGCUUCAUGUGACACGGUACUGCAGUAUUUUACAGUCAACGACCCAUUGAUCCUUUGACCUCAUCGGCGUAAUGGACUGUCGUUCGUGAGACUCUUUGCUUGUACAGUUUUCUAAUUUUAAUUUUGGAACACUUGAGUUUAACUUCCCUAUCAAAGGCUCAUACACUUCAUAUUGGAUCUCCUAUAGACACCAUAAAAAUAAAAUAAGACUUGCCUUCCUGUAGCACCUUUCAUGACCACCUGAUGUCUCACAGCGCUUUAGAGCCAAUGAAGUACUUUUGAAGGAUAGGUACUAUUACUGUGUAAGAAAAACCAAUUUGAUCACUCGCUUUUACUAUCUUUGACUUUUUGUCUGCAAAUAUUUUUAUUGCCAGAUUCAAUUCUCCAGCUACUUCUCCUCUUAAUUUUUUUUUUGGUCUUUAGUCACUUAUUUGAGCACAGUUCACUUAAAUGUGAAAUCCCAACUCUGCUCAGCAGGGUCUAAAAUAUGAUCUUAGGUCAGAGGGUUUCGUACAGAUAAGGUGUCCCCUCUCUCCCCCUAAGUAAAAUAUGAGGCAGUUUAACAUACAGUGAUAUUUUGAUGAUGGUCUUUUCAAUCCCCAAUGAUUAACCAUUUCACUACCUAAUAUUCACUGUUGUGUGGCUGAAGGCAGAAGAUGUGAAUGCGAAUUAUGGAACAAAAUAAAUGCCAGUUGAGCCAUCAGCAUCAUUUUUUUCCACAGAACAUGUAUAAUCUAUACCCUCCUGGGUUCUACCCAAACCAAUUUAUUUCUCAAGGAAAGUUUCUGUAAAUAUUCUUCCUUCUAGACCUUUCCUAAUGAGGAAACAUAAAUCAAGCAACUCUCCUGUAUCUGCAUUGUGUGACUUUAACCAGUUGACUUCCUCAGCUUGACUCUCCGAUGAUCCCAGUAAUUAAGGGAACCAUCAUAUUCCCAACAGAAUUUGAUCAUCUUGAUAUGUACUUGCAAGCCUCUGAAACAAGCCCUUUCCUUUCUCCCUAUUGUUGCAUAGCUCUGUCCUUCUUAUGUGCUUCAGGAGGAUGGGACUUCUAUUUACUUCUUUCUCCUCUGAGAUUAAAUCUUAAGUACCAUAAAUUCCAGUAAGGAGGCAGAAACCCAAGAAAAUUCAAUGGAUGCGGGAAGGUGAGUUUGAGCAUCCUGCCACUUCAAAAAUCAUGCUCAACCAUGGUUUCAUGAGGACAAAGAGACUUUGGUGGGAGAAAAGUGGCCCAUCCAGUCAAACAUUCAUUCUUGAAACUUCUCCGUCAAACCAUCUGGACCUCUGCAUCAUCUGUUUUCAAAUAAUUUUGAAAAUAUAUUUGCUGAAUGUAAGUUCAGAGGAAUUUUAAAUGCGGCAUAAAACAUUUAAGUGUUCAUCCAUAACCAAGAGGAUUAAAAAUAUAACUAGUGCGAGCCUGACAAGAGGGAAGUUCUACCUCUUUGUAUUUGCAGAAUCAAUGCAAUUGUAAGAUUUAACUGCCAUAUAUGUGUAAAUAGAGCUAAACAAUCUGCAAGGAUGUCAAAGAAUUCAGCACAUUGAUGAGACCAAUUUAUAUUGUACAGUUCACCUGAAAGCUGACGCUAUUGAUCUCUGGUGCCAGUCUAUCAUAGCAACAUUUGAAUUAACUCUUUGCCAUCAUUAAAGAUGGGGCCUCAUCAUCAGGACAAUCUUUUUCUAAAGCUCACUAAGUUAAAAGAAAUUAAAAGCCUCAAAUGCAGGAAAUGAAAAAUCAAAACAGCAGCAAUCUACUUUUAAUUCCAAGUUGCUUAAUCUGCGUUUUCUAUUGAGUCAAAUGAAAGCGGUACAACAACAACAAAAAUUCCUGCACUGUUUUAAUUAAACAUGCUUCAUGAAAACUACUGGGUAAUUUGAAUUUUUUUAUCUAGCAAAAAACUACUUGGAAUUAACUGGAGUAGAUUAUAUGUGCCUGGCAAGCUAUUCGGGGCAAGGUUGGUUAAAAUUCUGGUGGGUGCCAUUGUGUCAUUGAUGAAGAGUCCAACUGGAAACCUUAACCUUUAUGGCUAAGAUAUCAAUCAUCCUGCUUUAUUUAAAAAAUCAAGAUUCAUCUUACCAUUUUGUUUCUGCUGAAAAAAAUACUUUAUGAACUUAUUGCUGUUUUACCAUCGAUGCUAUGUGUGAGUAGUCUAGACGAAUUAGUGAAGCCAACACUCAGAGAAUUAAUUGAGCUCUCUCAUCUCCCAUGGCUUCAAGUCUUGGUUACUACCUUGUUGCUUCUUUUAUGAAAAACUUUUUUGGCUUUGCUCCUGAUCUACAACUGACUCUUGAGGUAGGAAAAUGAACAGAUUUAGCAGUAAAAACCCUGGCAUGUCAACAUCUUUAGGAGAUAAGGGAAGGAAAUUGGGAAGGAAAAGAACAAAAACAAACCUGAGAACCACCAUUACUGCCCUCCUUGUUGAGUUGAGCAUGGUCACGUUGCCAGAACUUUGACCAGAGGUCACUUCCUUCAAUCACCAGAGAGAAACAGCACUGUCAGCAUUGAGUUAAUGUUAGGAACGUGAUUCAGGUUCACAAAGAGUGAGACAGAUCAUAAACCUGUUUCAAGAGGCGUGCACUGUUUUGGACGACUCUGAUCUGAGUGUGGAGUGGUGCUCAGGCAGGGAGAAUAACACGUUUGAUUCUCCACUUUUGGAGGUGGAACUUUGGGCCAGAGGUUGGCAUUUUCGGAGACUUAAGUUUUUGACCGGCAACAAAAUGUGACAUUAUCAAGACAAAAAGUAGUUGAUGACAGAAGAUGAGUGAGUGUGGGAAACUCCUUAGUGAAGCUGUAGCUGCAAGACACUGGACUAACUAGUAGCUAUAUAAGAUAGGGUCAAUAUUCUGGAAUGAUCAGAUCAAAUAGAUUGAAGGUCCUUCUGCAUCUGAGCCUGUUUUAAUCAGUUGAUAUUUGUAUUCACUGUGCUAAUAGAAAAUACAUUAUUAGUGUUACAUGCUCUGCUGAUCAUGGUUUGCACAUGAAUGCUAAAGAAAAGGUUCAGCUUUGCACCAUUGAUGGAAAGAGUUUGCUUCAGUACAGUCAUUUUGAAAUCCCAACUUAUUCCAUAACAUUCAGCCAGCAUUCCUGCCCUUGAUCGGCAUCCAUUGACCCACACUGGAAAAUGCCCAUGUAAGUUUGUGUGAACAUUGAGUAGUAAUGGGAUUGGGCUUGGGUGUGAUGCUGUCCACGUUUGAAUAGUUAACUGAAAUUCACUGGGCUCAUGUGAAGAAUGGCUACUUUGGUCAGCUACUUGAGGACUGUUGGAAUCCAUGGAAUUGUAUGGCAGAAGAGUCAUUGAUUUUUGAAGAGAGAAAGGUUGGGUCAAAAAUGAACUGAAGGGAUUUGAGGCAACUACAUACUCUGAGAAUGCAUUAAAGAAUGUUUUACCUUAAUGAAUUAACCAAAAUUAUUUUCUUUCCAUGGCUUGUUCUGUUUACAUUGCACGUGCUAAAGACUUGACUGUCAGGCUGAUUUUUAAACAGAACUAAAGUCAACACACGGGUCACAUAUUAAUAAAGUUUAUGCAAAUCAAAGAUGUGAUGUCCAAAAUUGCUAAUAAAUAUUUAUACGAGUGACUUCUGUUUUAUUGUAUGUUAUUUUCUGUAAAAACUUUCUGUUACCAUAUAUUACUAAUAAAAUGACUAUUUAUAUCCUGA